AUGUGGUCAGCUGAUGAAAUUGCUGAGCUAUGUUACCUGCAUUAUAGGACCAGACUCCCUAAGCAGGGGAAACCAGAUCCAAACAGGGAAUGGACUUCGCUGGCAGCUGUUGUCAAAGUGGAGUCUGCAACCCAAAGAGAGGUUCUUGAUAGUCCAGGGAAUCUGCAGGUAAUGAAGGAAGUUGUUGCUAUGGGAACUGGAACAAAAUGUAUUGGCCAAAACAAAAUGAGAAAAACUGGAGACAUUCUGAAUGACAGUCAUGCUGAAAUUGUGGCCAAGAGGAGCUUCCAGAGGUAUCUUCUCCAUCAGAUGUGGUUGGCAGCUUCUCAUCAGCAAUGCAGUAUCUUUAUUCCAGGAACUGAAACUGGGAAAUGGAAACUCAAACCAAAUAUCGUAUUUGUUUUCUUCUCCAGUCAUACCCCAUGUGGAGAUGCUUCUAUUAUACCUAUUAGUGAACCAGAGAACCACCUUUCCAAGCCAGUGACUGGAGAUGAUGCAGCUGGACAAUCAGCAGAGUGUAAAAGUAACCAUGAUCAUUUGGGUCUAGAAGAUAAAAGGAAAUCUGAGAAAAUGGCAAGUAAUCAUAUAAUCAAGAGAAUGAAAACUGAUGAUGAUGGCUGUUUUUCUGUAAUCACCGAAGACCUGGCUGUUCAGCAAGUAUCUGUGAAACAAGAUGACGCAAAUCCAAAGAGUUGUGAAUGUUCUGGAGAAAUGCGAACAGCUAAUAAAGAGACUGGCUUAGGGAGACCGAAGGUAGUAGAUGUUUAUAGAACUGGAGCAAAAUGUGUACCUGGAGGGCUGAGUGAUGCCCGAAUACCUGGGCUAGGGUAUCACUGUGUGGGAUUAUUACGAGUGAAGCCAGGUCGUGGGGACAGAACAUGCUCUAUGUCCUGCAGUGAUAAAUUGGCUCGCUGGAAUGUGUUAGGGUGUCAAGGAGCUCUUCUGAUGCAUUUCCUGCAGCAUCCGGUGUAUCUGUCAGCAAUUAUAGUGGGGAAGUGUCCAUAUAGCCAAGAAGCUAUGCGGAGAGCAAUUAUUGAAAGGUAA